UAACAAGCAAACACACUCCAACAACCACGACAGGACCCAUGCCUUCCACAACACCGGUUACUUCAAAACCCUUAACGAAAACUAGCACUCCAGCACCCACUGCCACAACUCUCACGACUGCUCCCCCUACCAGCACAGAAACGCCCAGCACUCCGGCCACCACAACUCCUGCAACCACCACCGUCCCAAUUACCACGGAAACACCCAAAACCACCACUUCUGUUCCACCACCGGUGCCUACAGUCACCACACCUUCGACAACCAGACCGCCAAGCAGCACGCCGAAAACCACGCCAACCACCUCUCCCUCCACCACAUCCAGAACCACUGCAUCAACUCAGACGGCAACCACCAACACGCCAAAGACCACUGCAACAGCCUCCACACCACCCACCUCUACGCAUCACCCCAAAAUCCUAACCACCACAACCCCCUCCACCACGACAGAAUCCACUGCGAUUAGCACACCAACCCCGACAACCACAACAGCACCCGUGCCCCCCUCCACACCGUCUCCUCCGACGCCGUCCACCACAACCACCACCACCUCGCCCACAACCGUCACCUCCACUUCCACCAGCACUCCAGUACCCACUGCCACAACUCUCACGACUGCUCCCCCUACCAGCACAGAAACGCCCAGCACUCCGGCCACCACAACUCCUGCAACCACCACCGUCCCAAUUACCACGGAAACACCCAAAACCACCACUUCUGUUCCACCACCGGUGCCUACAGUCACCACACCUUCGACAACCAGACCGCCAAGCAGCACGCCGAAAACCACGCCAACCACCUCUCCCUCCACCACAUCCAGAACCACUGCAUCAACUCAGACGGCAACCACCAACACGCCAAAGACCACUGCAACAGCCUCCACACCACCCACCUCUACGCAUCACCCCAAAAUCCUAACCACCACAACCCCCUCCACCACGACAGAAUCCACUGCGAUUAGCACACCAACCCCGACAACCACAACAGCACCCGUGCCCCCCUCCACACUGUCUCCUCCGACGCCGUCCACCACAACCACCACCACCUCGCCCACAACCGUCACCUCCACUUCCACCAGCACUCCAGUACCCACUGCCACAACUCUCACGACUGCUCCCCCUACCAGCACAGAAACGCCCAGCACUCCGGCCACCACAACUCCUGCAACCACCACCGUCCCAAUUACCACGGAAACACCCAAAACCACCACUUCUGUUCCACCACCGGUGCCUACAGUCACCACACCUUCGACAACCAGACCGCCAAGCAGCACGCCGAAAACCACGCCAACCACCUCUCCCUCCACCACAUCCAGAACCACUGCAUCAACUCAGACGGCAACCACCAACACGCCAAAGACCACUGCAACAGCCUCCACACCACCCACCUCUACGCAUCACCCCAAAAUCCUAACCACCACAACCCCCUCCACCACGACAGAAUCCACUGCGAUUAGCACACCAACCCCGACAACCACAACAGCACCCGUGCCCCCCUCCACACCGUCUCCUCCGACGCCGUCCACCACAACCACCACCACCUCGCCCACAACCGUCACCUCCACUUCCACCAGCACUCCAGUACCCACUGCCACAACUCUCACGACUGCUCCCCCUACCAGCACAGAAACGCCCAGCACUCCGGCCACCACAACUCCUGCAACCACCACCGUCCCAAUUACCACGGAAACACCCAAAACCACCACUUCUGUUCCACCACCGGUGCCUACAGUCACCACACCUUCGACAACCAGACCGCCAAGCAGCACGCCGAAAACCACGCCAACCACCUCUCCCUCCACCACAUCCAGAACCACUGCAUCAACUCAGACGGCAACCACCAACACGCCAAAGACCACUGCAACAGCCUCCACACCACCCACCUCUACGCAUCACCCCAAAAUCCUAACCACCACAACCCCCUCCACCACGACAGAAUCCACUGCGACUAGCACACCAACCCCGACAACCACAACAGCACCCGUGCCCCCCUCCACACCGUCUCCUCCGACGCCGUCCACCACAACCACCACCACCUCGCCCACAACCGUCACCUCCACUUCCACCAGCACUCCAGUACCCACUGCCACAACUCUCACGACUGCUCCCCCUACCAGCACAGAAACGCCCAGCACUCCGGCCACCACAACUCCUGCAACCACCACCGUCCCAAUUACCACGGAAACACCCAAAACCACCACUUCUGUUCCACCACCGGUGCCUACAGUCACCACACCUUCGACAACCAGACCGCCAAGCAGCACGCCGAAAACCACGCCAACCACCUCUCCCUCCACCACAUCCAGAACCACUGCAUCAACUCAGACGGCAACCACCAACACGCCAAAGACCACUGCAACAGCCUCCACACCACCCACCUCUACGCAUCACCCCAAAAUCCUAACCACCACAACCCCCUCCACCACGACAGAAUCCACUGCGAUUAGCACACCAACCCCGACAACCACAACAGCACCCGUGCCCCCCUCCACACCGUCUCCUCCGACGCCGUCCACCACAACCACCACCACCUCGCCCACAACCGUCACCUCCACUUCCACCAGCACUCCAGUACCCACUGCCACAACUCUCACGACUGCUCCCCCUACCAGCACAGAAACGCCCAGCACUCCGGCCACCACAACUCCUGCAACCACCACCGUCCCAAUUACCACGGAAACACCCAAAACCACCACUUCUGUUCCACCACCGGUGCCUACAGUCACCACACCUUCGACAACCAGACCGCCAAGCAGCACGCCGAAAACCACGCCAACCACCUCUCCCUCCACCACAUCCAGAACCACUGCAUCAACUCAGACGGCAACCACCAACACGCCAAAGACCACUGCAACAGCCUCCACACCACCCACCUCUACGCAUCACCCCAAAAUCCUAACCACCACAACCCCCUCCACCACGACAGAAUCCACUGCGACUAGCACACCAACCCCGACAACCACAACAGCACCCGUGCCCCCCUCCACACCGUCUCCUCCGACGCCGUCCACCACAACCACCACCACCUCGCCCACAACCGUCACCUCCACUUCCACCAGCACUCCAGUACCCACUGCCACAACUCUCACGACUGCUCCCCCUACCAGCACAGAAACGCCCAGCACUCCGGCCACCACAACUCCUGCAACCACCACCGUCCCAAUUACCACGGAAACACCCAAAACCACCACUUCUGUUCCACCACCGGUGCCUACAGUCACCACACCUUCGACAACCAGACCGCCAAGCAGCACGCCGAAAACCACGCCAACCACCUCUCCCUCCACCACAUCCAGAACCACUGCAUCAACUCAGACGGCAACCACCAACACGCCAAAGACCACUGCAACAGCCUCCACACCACCCACCUCUACGCAUCACCCCAAAAUCCUAACCACCACAACCCCCUCCACCACGACAGAAUCCACUGCGAUUAGCACACCAACCCCGACAACCACAACAGCACCCGUGCCCCCCUCCACACCGUCUCCUCCGACGCCGUCCACCACAACCACCACCACCUCGCCCACAACCGUCACCUCCACUUCCACCAGCACUCCAGUACCCACUGCCACAACUCUCACGACUGCUCCCCCUACCAGCACAGAAACGCCCAGCACUCCGGCCACCACAACUCCUGCAACCACCACCGUCCCAAUUACCACGGAAACACCCAAAACCACCACUUCUGUUCCACCACCGGUGCCUACAGUCACCACACCUUCGACAACCAGACCGCCAAGCAGCACGCCGAAAACCACGCCAACCACCUCUCCCUCCACCACAUCCAGAACCACUGCAUCAACUCAGACGGCAACCACCAACACGCCAAAGACCACUGCAACAGCCUCCACACCACCCACCUCUACGCAUCACCCCAAAAUCCUAACCACCACAACCCCCUCCACCACGACAGAAUCCACUGCGACUAGCACACCAACCCCGACAACCACAACAGCACCCGUGCCCCCCUCCACACCGUCUCCUCCGACGCCGUCCACCACAACCACCACCACCUCGCCCACAACCGUCACCUCCACUUCCACCAGCACUCCAGUACCCACUGCCACAACUCUCACGACUGCUCCCCCUACCAGCACAGAAACGCCCAGCACUCCGGCCACCACAACUCCUGCAACCACCACCGUCCCAAUUACCACGGAAACACCCAAAACCACCACUUCUGUUCCACCACCGGUGCCUACAGUCACCACACCUUCGACAACCAGACCGCCAAGCAGCACGCCGAAAACCACGCCAACCACCUCUCCCUCCACCACAUCCAGAACCACUGCAUCAACUCAGACGGCAACCACCAACACGCCAAAGACCACUGCAACAGCCUCCACACCACCCACCUCUACGCAUCACCCCAAAAUCCUAACCACCACAACCCCCUCCACCACGACAGAAUCCACUGCGAUUAGCACACCAACCCCGACAACCACAACAGCACCCGUGCCCCCCUCCACACCGUCUCCUCCGACGCCGUCCACCACAACCACCACCACCUCGCCCACAACCGUCACCUCCACUUCCACCAGCACUCCAGUACCCACUGCCACAACUCUCACGACUGCUCCCCCUACCAGCACAGAAACGCCCAGCACUCCGGCCACCACAACUCCUGCAACCACCACCGUCCCAAUUACCACGGAAACACCCAAAACCACCACUUCUGUUCCACCACCGGUGCCUACAGUCACCACACCUUCGACAACCAGACCGCCAAGCAGCACGCCGAAAACCACGCCAACCACCUCUCCCUCCACCACAUCCAGAACCACUGCAUCAACUCAGACGGCAACCACCAACACGCCAAAGACCACUGCAACAGCCUCCACACCACCCACCUCUACGCAUCACCCCAAAAUCCUAACCACCACAACCCCCUCCACCACGACAGAAUCCACUGCGACUAGCACACCAACCCCGACAACCACAACAGCACCCGUGCCCCCCUCCACACCGUCUCCUCCGACGCCGUCCACCACAACCACCACCACCUCGCCCACAACCGUCACCUCCACUUCCACCAGCACUCCAGUACCCACUGCCACAACUCUCACGACUGCUCCCCCUACCAGCACAGAAACGCCCAGCACUCCGGCCACCACAACUCCUGCAACCACCACCGUCCCAAUUACCACGGAAACACCAAAAACCACCACUUCUGUUCCACCACCGGUGCCUACAGUCACCACACCUUCGACAACCAGACCGCCAAGCAGCACGCCGAAAACCACGCCGACCACCUCUCCCUCCACCACAUCCAGAACCACUGCAUCAACACAAACCUCCGCAACUAACACGCCAAAAACCUCUCCAACUAGUUUGAUUUCUACGGCGUCCAGCAUGACAACACAUUCUCCCAUGCAAACAUCCUCUACUUCAAUUCCAUUUACAUCUACUCUUUCUACUACUCCCAUUAUUCCGGUCACAAGCAGUUCUCCAUUGUCAUCCAGUACUAAUAUCAUUAGUAUUCCAGUAACUACCCGAACUAGUACUUUGAGUAGUAGUACUCAGUCUUUGAAGACAACCUCCACAUCAUAUACCUCAACUGUAUCUCCUGGGAAGUGUGAAUCUGUUGAAUAUGAAGAUCAAGUGGUUUACAAGGGUUGUGUUGCAAAUGUCACUUUGACUCGCUGCGAAGGAAUGUGUCCAACAUCAUCAAGGCUAAAUGUUGCCAAGAUGAUGGUACACACAGAGUGUGGGUGCUGCAUGCCACUCACACUCUACAAGAAGGAGCUGACGAUGCCUUGUCCAGACCCAGAGAACCCACAUAUGCCACUUGUUACAGAAAUCAUCCUAUUUGGUGGCUGCGUAUGCAACUACAAUGGAUGUACGCACGAGGCAGACUCAGCUUCCUCAACCGUACAGGGAUUGUUUAGAAAAUAAUGAUCGGUUAUUACC